AGAGAGGAGAGUGAGUGAAAAAGCAGAGAGAGAGGGGAGAAAAAAACAGACGGUAGGGAUGUGUGUGAGAGUGCGGUGAAAGGUGCAGGUACAGUCAGAGCCGGAACCAGGUUUUGUAGCCGCACCGGACCGCGGCAAAACCGCCUCAGAGCCUGCCUCUCUCCUCUUCGUCUGCUCCCUAUUCCGCAAUGUCUGGCGGAGGAGAGGUACGCGUAGUCCGCAAUGAGCCCGGGCAAGAGAGCCCGAGGAUGCCGGCCUGGAAGCGAGAAAUCCUGGAGAGGAGGAAGGCGAAGGGCGGCGGGUCUGUAGGACCCGGUGCCGCGGAGACCAGCCCCGGCGGUGCGGGCUCGCAGCGGGUUAACGGUGAGCAGGCGGGAAAUGUGAACGGCAGUGCCGGCAGCGGACCGAGCGGUGCGUCCGGGCGGAGCUACACCAUCAACACAGCCAGUCAACACUUUGCCCACAACAAAGAGCCGACGGACGCGGACAGGACGACACCGAGGGAGUACACCAGACAGGAGAACCUGGUGCUACAAGAAAGCCUGGGCCCCCUGGAGGAGAACCCCUUCAUUAAGCUGGAGAAGGAGCGGAGGAGGCGACAGGACCGAGAAAACGCCACCCGUCCGGUCCAGCACAUCCUUGAGCUGUAUGGCAGUGUACCCGGUAUACGGACUAUCCGCGCAGACAAUAUUAUCAUAAUUGAGUCUGACCCGGAUUACUUUCCUGAAGCUGGAGGGGCAAACAGCGGGUACAAAUGGCAAAACGGUGUCAGUAGUUACAGCUCCCUCAACGACCUCCUGGACCGGAGAGGGAGUGCUGUUACUGAGAUAAGAGCCAAGGAAGUGGUAAUUUAUGACACCACGUUAAGCAAGAGUGAGGAGAACUUGAGCACCCUUGGGCGCCCUGAUCAUGAGGCUGCAUCAUAUGAGACAGGUGAGGGUCAGGGCAGGGUUAGCCGGAUGCUGCAGAAGUUUGACUGCAACUACGGGAAGCUGCAGAAGAAGUCCCACAGCACAGAGAACCUGCUGGACCUGGAUUGUAGUUCCAGUAGCAGGCCAAGACUCUGGUCCAGGCCACAGCCAGAUCUGGUGCCAAAGUUCAGGCCAGGCCCGUUGGUCAGGAGCCCGGGCAGCAGCCAGCCAUCUUCGCCUGUCUUCCAGAGUCCCUCGUCUUCCAGACCAAAGCCACAGCCUGCUUUCCCUGAAACGGGCAGCCCCCAGCGCCUUGCUGGGACCCCUCUACCUGUGUCUCCCUUUCGUCAGCGGUUUGCGGCGAGCGGAGGCACUGGAGAUGACCCAGACAGGGCGCAAACCAAGCCCAUCCGAGAGAGGGACUGGGAAGGCUCUGAGGUGCCACCAAAAUCCAAGGUGCCAUGCUCUCCAGAGACCCGCCGUGUCCGUGCCGAGGCCCCCUCAAGCCCAAUCUCAUUCAAGGUGUCCCGCUCCUCAUCUGACUUUGAAAUCCGUCCCUCUCCAAAGCCAGACCUCGAUCGUAUUCCUGAUGGGGACACCCAGGCCCGGGCCCUCGCUAACCUGCGCCUGCAGUCCCGUAACUCCUUCACAGUCAUUCCCAAGCGGCAUACUUCUGCCUCAAAUGCGACAGCCAGCUCUGCACCGUCCAGCCCUUUCAAGUCUCCCCCAUCCCAUCGAGCGGCAGAGGUGUCCACACCAGUGCCAACCUCGUCACCCUCGAAGAGGACCGAGGAGAAGGAAGCAGAGAGGCUGAAAAGGCUUUCCAAGCCUACAUCUCCUUCUGUUGCCACAAGUCCUGCUCCUGCUCCCCCUCUGACCCCCGAACCUUCGUCUCCACCCCCUGCUCCAAAACCAGCUCCUUUCUCUCCACCUGCCCCGUCAUCCCCCUCCUCUUCUCCGGCUGUCCCAUCUUCACCCACCUCUCAUCCGGUUCCAUCAGACUCCCCAGCCCCAUCACCUGUCCCUUCUACCCCCUCCCCAGCUCCUGAACAACCUCCUGUGGACCAGUUGCCUGUAACGAACAUAGAUGACAUUGAAGUGGAGCCCCAGAAGCAGCAUGUCCCUGCUCCCAGCCCUAUGGGGCAGAGGAGAAAGGGGAACACCUUCACCGUGGUCCCUAAGCGUAAGGUGGAGGCCGAGGGCCAGCCUAGCUCCCCUGAGCCCCAGCAGGAGGCCUCAAGUGAGCCUCCCCCAGUAUCCACGCCCCCACUGGCCCCUUACGCUCAGCUGGGCUCCCUGCUGAAGAAACGCUAUCCUGCUGUGGAGGAGAUCGAGGUCAUCGGUGGGUACCUGUCCCUCGCAAAGUCCUGCAUCUCAAAGACGGGCUCCACGGGCAAAAAGCUCAAUAUCUCUUUCAAUGAGUCGAGUCUCCAGAGUACCUAUGAGUAUCCGUCGGAGACCAGUGCAUGGGACAGCGGGGAUGAGGACGAGGAGGAGAUGCACGACGGGAAGGUGUCGGACGAGCAGCCGAGCAUGGUGGGACGCAUCCACAUACCUCGACCCAGCUUCACCAGCUCCCCAACGCAAACCAACAACGGUAACGACCUUUCUAGCUACAUUCCCAAGCACUCUGUGGACUUCAGCGCCUGGCAGGAGCACAAACAUGAAGAGGACAACAGCUCCCAGCAGACUCAGAUGACGGAGGAAGUGAUGCUGACACCGGCAGACAGCUCCUCCCUGUCGGACUACAGCAGCGAGCCGGCUCUUUACUUCUGAUCAGCGGGACCAACAGCUGUCCAGUAGCAUCACAGCUGUUGGACCAGCCUGCAGCCGGAGCCCAGCCUGCAGCCGGAGCCCAGCCUGCAGCCGGAGCCCAGCUUGCAGCCGGAGCCCAGCCUGCAGCCGGAGCCCAGCCUGCAGCCGGAGCCCAGCCUGCAGCCAGAGCCUAGCCUCCUCUAAGCACAUUGUCCUGAUCUCACAGGAAACACAGUAUUUCAUUAUUUAGAUUUUUGGCUGAUUUCCUGCCACGGAACCACCACACGCCACGUUAUCAACCGCAUAUCAGAGCAGAUUUGCCAGGUUUGAAUUCCCACCUUCCUCCUGACCUAACCAAUUUAAGAAAAAGCAGCUGGCCUGUCUUAAUCCUGCGAUCCCGGACUGUUGAUCUGUCCUCAUCGUCACUCACAAAACCUUGAAAAAUCGAUUGUCGAAAUCUAUCUAGACUGGCCUCUCCAAACCCCCCCCUUGCCUCCUGUCAUUCUCUGCUUCCAAGUCUUCAACGUUUGCCUCCGGUUUUUGGGAGCUUAAAAAGCCAGGGAACAAACUCCUGACAAAGAACAGGAAGCCGCCAGUGCCCACAUGUAGGUGUCGCCACGAUGACAGUGUUAGCAUGGAAACAUGUCAUUUAGGACGCUGGAGGACGCGUCUGCUUGUGUAGAUCGCCGGCACACUCAAACACACAAAAACACACAAAAAAAAGGUAAAAGGGUGCCACAAUCGUUUUGUUUUGUACCUGCAUGUCUUGAUUUCAGCCAACUAACCCCAGUGGUUGUCUUUUAGUGUAAAGCUUCCGUAUGCCUUUUUAGUUUUUGUAUGUCUUCUGGCAAACUAUGCUGUAUUGAAGCUGCAGCAGAAGAGUCUUAACAAGCAAGCAAACUUCAACACAUUUCCCCCGUUUGUGACGAGGAAGGGGAAUUAUGCACCCCAAGGGAAGGUGAUCUCCGAUUACACGCUUGAAAAAGUGACCUUGGCCAAUAAUGUCUGUAUGUGACGAAACGCAAAUCAUCAUACUGUAGAAUGUUUCCGUUUAUCAAGGUGUCUCCGUCACGUUUAAAAAAGCUGCCCCGGCUUCUCGUGUAUUUAUUCCCGCUUAAAGUUGAAGUUUGCAUGUCAGAGACCUGCUCGUGUACAAAACCACUUUUGUACAGAUAUUUGUCGGAGCGGACGGACGGUUUUUAUUUGUGUUUGUUUUCCAGUCGGACCUCAUGUACUUUCACAUUCCACAGAGAGAGAAACCGGUCCUUAUGAUCAUUCAUAACAUGGCAUGUUUGUGAGAGCGAGUGUGUUUCUGAAAGAUGAUUUUUUUUAAUUAAGAUUGUUUUUUAUAUAUGCACCAUGUUUCCAGAUUUUUUUAACGCAUAAUGCCAAGUGAUUAAAGUGUUGCUGUAACGGCCUCACGCUCGUUCUGCUCCCGUCCCUCGGCCAGUAUUGUUGUACAGUUUUCAUAAGAUUUAUUUCUUACUUCCCGUCCUUUUUCUUUCAUUUCUCCAAUCAGAUGACAUUUGUUCAGUCCUCGAAGGUUUGGCUGUUAGGAGACAUUUCGUCUUUGUCGGAAGAAUUUUAGGAAUUCUCUGUUUUGUCUGGAGUCUUGGAUGUUUGAUGUCUUUGCACUGUCUUGCUUUUAGCCUUGUUUUGCACCUCAUGAGAAGGCAACGGACGAUAUGUGCACUUAAAAGAAGUCUAGUUGAAGAGUUUUCUUUCAAAACUAAAGCCACUUUUUACACCUGUUAUCCUGCACCCAGGCGGAAAACAAUUUUUAGAAUAGAAUUUUUGGAACAUAACUCUUCAAUUCGAUGCGAUGAAUGCACUGCCGAUGAAUGCCAUGUCCACUUUUUUUACUCUGUUUGCCGCAGGCUUGCGUCAUCAAGUCUUAUGAUUGUUGUUCUUGUCGCUGGGACCACAAACUGUAGCCCAAGUAGCGAUCCACGCAGGUGCAGGGCUUUAUGUUUGGCCCAAAGUUACCCCAAAAUCUUCUUUUUGGUCAGUUGAGCUGAUGUACAGAGCCAUUCAAAGACCAUACCAGUGAUUUUGCAUGUGUUUUAGCCCAUUUUAAACAAAUCCCUUAUAUUUUACUCUAUUUAAGAAACCGUGCUACUGUGGUUUAAGAGUUUGAAUGUAUUUUUUAACUGAGAAAGAUGUCCAUUGAUUUCCACUCAUUUUUUUUUAAUACGGUAUCAAAAUCUACUAAAGAAGCUUAAAAGAAAACCCAGAAAAUGACCAGCAAAUAUCAACUUGUGUUGAAUUCUUGAAGAAAACUGGAGAAAACUUGAUGAAUUUAAGUAAACGGGCCGUGUUUAACAAAAGCAAGAGCAUAUAUAAACAUCAGAUUAAAGACUGUUUAAAAACACUGCUGCAGAAACAGUUUCUUAACUUGAGCAGGGGUGCAUUAUUUCUCUGAGAGUAGAAAAAGUAAGUUUUAGCUCAGGUUUUAGAGUUUAUUUUAAAAAAAUCGUUUUGCUUCCAUUGACUUCCAUUCAUCAAGAAUCUUUCUCCAUUUGAUAUUCGGUUCACUCGUGGGCAUGCAAAAUACCAAAUGUUCUUUUUGAAACAAGGGUAAGAUUCUGAAUAAGCAUUCUGUUGUAUUUACUCAAUACUUAAUACAUUUUCAUACCAUGAGGAAAUGAAAGGAAACCAAUGGCCGCUUGAAACAAGGGAGAAAACACAAAGUGUGCUCAUGAUUUGUACACACGCUGGUAUGGUUCUUUAAAUUGAAUUUGGCCUCACUUGGACCUGCUGUGGUGCUAACAGUCACAUGACGACACACCUGUGGAUCCAUCUUUGGUAACUGCUGCCUUCAACAUCCAGAACCCAAAGAGGACGUCAACUUACUGUGGGAAACUUUCUGUGAACUGAAGGACCAAAAGAGGCAGAGUGAAUUCUGGGAAUCCCCACUAAUCGUCCUAUAUAACCCUAGCGAGGACUUUUCUGAAGACCACUAUCUGAACUUCUGAAGUGUACAUGUGUUUUCCUGUCUGGUCACACUGUAGCACCUCUGUGGUAGAAGCUUCUCCAUCUUCUCGUUUACUUUUACUUUCUCCCCCCUCGUCUGUAAAUCUCCAUCGCAGCAGAUGUGCUUACUGUAAUUAUUGUCAAUGAUCUGGGCAAAUAAAACAAAAAAGUGAUGUCAUACUUGUACAAAUGAAAGCUCAAUAAAUAGAAGACUUGAACAAAUGUA